AUGGCAAUUGAAGGGUUCAAAUCUUCUGCUGUAUUUGACGAGAUAAAAACCAGUAUCUCUGAUGAAAAACUCAAGGCAGAAACUAUUAAAAAGGUAAAUUCCAUAUUUCAAUUCAAUAUAAAGAAUUCAGAAGGAAAAGAACAGAUUUGGACCUUGGAUUUGAAAAAAGAAGGCUCUAUUAAAGAGGGAAAACAUCCUAAACCCGAUAUCACUAUGACUAUGGAUGACGAAAGUUUUGUACAAAUAGCUUCAGGAAAAUUAAAUGGUAAAAUUAGUAAUUUUCUACUUAACAUUACGGACGCAUUUUUCACGGUAUGA